AUGUCGAUCCGCAAGGCGCUGGGCGCGGUCAAGGACCAGACCAGCAUCGGCCUCGCCAAGGUCACCGGCGCCGUGGCGCCGGACCUCGACGUCGCCAUCGUGCGCGCCACGGGCCACGACGACGCGCCCGCCGACGACCGCCACGUCCGCGAGGUGCUGCGCCUCACCUCCGGCACCAGGAUCCACGUCGCCGCCUGCGUCGCCUCCGUCUCCCGCCGCCUCGCCAGGACCCGCGACUACGUCGUCGCCGCCAAGUGCCUCGCGCUGCUCCACCGCCUCCUCGCCGACGGCGACCCGCACUUCCGCCACGAGAUCGUCAGACCAGCCGUCACGGGACGCCGCGGCGGCGGGCCGGUCCUCGCGUCCCUCUCCGACUUCCGCGACGAGGCGCACUCCGCGUCCUGGGACCACUCCAACUUCGUGCGCGCAUACGCGCUCUACCUCCACGACCGCGUCCGCUUCCUCCUCGCCCUCCUCCCCGCGCCCCGCACCGUCCGCUUCGCCGACGACCACUCCUACAACUCCCCCUCCGCCGCCGCCGCCCCCGCCCCGGACAUGACCGUCUCGGUCCACGACAUGGACGCGGAGUCCCUCCUGGCGCGCGCGCGCCAGCUGCGCAACCUCAUCGACCGCUUCCUGGCCUGCCGCCCCGCGGGCGCCGCCAGGCGCAGCCGCGUCGUGCUCGCCACGCUCUGCCCCGUCGUCGCCGAGAGCGCGCGGUUAUACGACGACGUCGCGGGCGUGCUCGCCGUCCUGCUCGACCGCUUCUUCGACAUGGACUACGCCGACUGCGUCAAGGCCUUCGAGGCCUACGUCAGCGCCGCCAGGGUCGUCGACGACCUGCUCGCCUUCUACUCGUGGUGCGACGACGCCGGGGUCGCGAGGUCGGCGGAUUUCCCUGAGGUCAAGCGCAUCGACGAUAAGCUGCUAGAGACGCUCGAGCAGUUCGUCCGUGAGCGCGGCAAGGCGCUCCACAGCACAGAUGGUGCCUCGCCGCCGCCACCACGGCCUCGGCAACAACGAAGCAACGACGACCCCGCCGCAGAGCACGACAUGAACACCAUCAAGGCGCUCCCAGCACCAGAGCACUACACCGCUGCGCCGCCUGCACGUCAUGCGCCAGCACAAGCAUUCGCCGCGGCGGCGGCGGCACCUGUGCAGAGCGACCUGGUCGACUUGAGGGAGCCCGAGGCCACAGCCGACGAGCAGGGGAACAAGCUCGCGCUCGCGCUCUUCUCGGGUCCACCAACGGCGAACGGCGAUGGCGGCUGGGUCGCGUUCCCGUCGGACGACGAUGCUCCCGAGGCGACGACCUCCGCGUGGCAGACGCCGGCGGCGGAGCCAGGGAAGGCCGACUGGGAGCUGGCGCUCGUGGAGACGGCGAGCAACCUGUCGCGGCAGGCGCCAGCGAUGGGCGGCGGGCUGGACCCGCUGCUGCUGCACGGGAUGUACGACCAGGGCGCAGCCCGGCACCACGUCAGCGCGCAGGCGUCGGCGUCCGGGAGCGCGAGCAGCGUGGCGCUCCUGCCGGUCGCCCCCUUCCUGGCGCUCCCCGGGCCCGAAGGCACGGUGGUCGGCGGUGACCCGUUCGCGGCGUCGCUGGCGGUGCCGCCGCCGGCGUACGUGCAGAUGGCGGAGAUGGAGAGGAAGCAGGAUCUGCUGGCGCAGGAGCAGCGGAUGUGGGCGCAGUACCGGCAGGGCGGCAUGCAGGGCCAGGCCGGCCUCAACGGGCUCGCCGUCGGCGGUGGCGGAAGCGCGUUCGCGUCGAACACCUCCGUGCCAUUGCCCAUGGCCUACCACGGAGCAGGCGGCUACUACUACUAG